AUGUUUUAUAUUAAUAUAUUUUUAAUAGCUUAUAUUAUUGCUACUAUCAUUAUAUUUUAUCAAUAUUUUGGGUAUACAAAAGAUGAUUGUAUUGAAGAUAUAGCUUAUUGUAUAAAAAAUUAUAGUAAAAAUAAUGAAGAAGUAAAAGCUAAAUGUCAAAAGUACAUUAGAGAUGAUUGCACGUGUCCAAUUGGAUCUAAUUUUCAAUGUUGUGAUCUUGUUGAAAAUUGCCUUGAUUAUGAUCAAUUUUGUCGAACAAAAAAUUAUCGAAAAUAUAUGAAAAAAAUUUGCCCCUAUACAUGUGGCUUUUGUGAUCGUCCUGAUCCAGUAGGCGAAAAAUGUUUUGAUAAAUAUGAUAAAUGUUUUGAAAGGCGCCAUAGAUGUUGGUAUGAAGAAUUUAAUAUGAUUAUUACACGAAGGUGUUCUUAUACUUGUGGAAUAUGUGUAAAUAAAACAGGUUCAGUUUAUGAUUGUUUUGAUAAAUAUCAUAGAUGUUAUGAACUUAGAAGUGAUUGUACAUCACCAAUUUAUCAAGAUUAUAUGAGUGUUAUGUGUACAGAUACAUGUGGUUAUUGUGGUGAAGCUUCAACUUUAUCAACUUCAUUUGAUGAAGAUGAAGUAACACCUAACAUAAUUUCUUCAAGUUUAAUUAUAGGAUCUUUAACACCCCCCAUAACUACACUAAUUCCCAUUAUAGUUUCAUCAACCACUGCACCAAUAGUUUCAUCUACUACUACACCAAUAGAUUCAUCUACUACUACACCAAUAGAUUCAUCUACUACUACACCAAUAGAUUCAUCUACUACUACACAAAUAGUUUCAUCUACUACUACACCAAUAAAUUCAUCCACUACUACACCAAUAGAUUCAUCCACUACUACACCAAUAAUUUCAUCUACUACUACACCAAUAAUUACAUCAACUGUUGCACCAAUAGUUACAUCAACUGUUGCACCAAUAGUUACAUCAACUACUACAACAAAAGUUCCACCAAAUAUUGCACCGACAGUUCCACCAAAUACUGCACCAAUAGUUCCACCAAAUACUGUACCAAAAACUAUACCAAGUACUGCACCUACAACUAUCAGAACACAACCACCAAUUAUCAGAACACAACCACCAAUUAUCAUUAUUCCACGAACCACUAAAUCACCUAGACCUAUAAUGACAACAAGAGGAAUUAUAAGAACAACAAUACCCAGGAGGUUUCGUUUGCGUAAAAGAAUAUAUUGGAAAUGA